AUCACAAUCAAUCAGUAUGUUACUUUAAAUAUCUCAACUCUCAAAGAUGACCCCACUAUAUAUAAUCUCUCUGUUGUUCCCAUUUUUGGAAUCUUUACUGGCCCAAUUCAAAAUCUUGCAAUAACUUAG